ACAACAACAAAUUUGACGCUUUUUUCUCUCCAAAAACCAAAACAAUUCUAAUCCAAAACAAAGCUUCAAUCUUUAACACUGAGAAAGAUUCAGUCUUUUAUAUCUGUUUAGGGUUUCACAGAAGAAGAAAGGUUUGAGCUUUGGUGAAUUGAAGGGGUUUGACUAGUCGGGGAAAAGAAAGAUGAUAGUGGCGACGGCAACGUCGUCUUCGGCGGUCACUGUGGCCGUGGAGAAGGCGACGAGCGAUCUUCUGAUAAGCCCUGAUUGGACGAUGAACAUAGAUAUCUGUGACUCCGUCAAUUCUCAUCAGUGGCAGGCAAAGGAUGUGGUAAAAGCUGUAAAAAGAAGGUUACAGCAUAGGAACCCCAAAGUUCAAUUCCUAGCUUUGACACUAUUGGAGACAAUGGUGAAGAACUGUGGUGACUAUAUCCAUUUUCAAAUUGCAGAGAGGAAUAUACUUGGGGAGAUGGUAAAAAUUGUGAAGAAGAAGACAGAUAUGCAGGUAAGGGAUAAGAUCUUGAUACUGGUGGACUCUUGGCAAACAGCAUUUGGUGGGCCUUCAGGAAAGCAUCCUCAGUACUAUUGGGCAUAUGAUGAGCUUAGGCGGUCUGGAGUAGAAUUUCCUAAGCAUUCAAUGGAUGCAGCUCCAAUGUUUGCACCACCUGUCACAAAUUCAAUACCAAGACCUUCUCAAGCUGGAUAUGGAAUGCCUAGCAAUUCCUCAAGAAGGCUCGAUGAGACAAUGGCUACAGAAAAUGAAAAUUUGACUUUGUCAAGCCUGGAUUCUAUGAGGGAUGUUAUGGAGCUCUUGAGUGACAUGCUGCAAGCUGUGAAUCCUAAUGACCGAUCGGCUGUAAAAGAUGAAGUCAUAGUUGAACUUGUCAACCGUUGUCGUGGCAACCAGAAAAAGCUGAUUCAGAUGCUAACUACCACUGGAGAUGAAGAACUUCUUGCCCGAGGUCUCGAAUUAAACGACAGUCUGCAAAGUUUGCUUGCAAAGAAUGAUGCUAUAGCUUCUGGUUUACCUUUGCCAACUACGAACUUAAGUCCUCAACCAGCUGACAUGGCUGCAUCCAGUUCGAAGCACACUGAAACUAAAGACUCCAGCACAAGUGAGUCCAGUCCAAGACCUAAAGCUAGUCCAUCUGCACCAGUCGCUUCCUCAUCAAGGGUCCAAUUUGAUGAAGAUGAAGAAGAGGAAGAUGAAUUUGCACAGCUAGCUCGAAGGCAUUCCAGACAACAGUCUUCCAAGCCUGCUGAAAGCACGCCAAAUGGUACUGAUGGAGGUUUGGCAUUAGUGAGCAUGGAUCCGUCUCCAUCUGCAUCAGGGUCUGUCCCAUGCAAUGCGUUAGUUCUUUCCGAUCCACCUGCUCCAACUAAGACUACACAAGAGCAGAACAUAAUUGAUCUACUGAGUAUCACUUUGUCGACAACAGCAAACUCCAGCGAAACCCCUCCCCCUCCUCCAGCAUCUGUCCCUCCCCCGGUUCAUGCAUCAAACAGUAAUGAGCAUCAGAUGCCUGCUUCCCCUGCUUCACAAGGCAAUCCGUAUCCUUCCCAAGCUUAUCCGGGAAAUCCUGGGCUUGGAUCCUACAACAGCUAUGUUGUUCCUUGGGCCCAGCCUCAGGCCCAGCAAACUCAAUUUAGACCGCAAUUACAGCCACAGCCGCAGAUGCAACCUCAAUUCCAAUCACAGUUUCAACCGCAAUAUCCCCAAUACUCUUCUGCCUACCCUGCGCCACCAUGGGCAGCUUCACCUAGUUAUCCUAACAACCAAAAUUAUAUGUCUGCCAGUAGUACAUAUGCGACUCCUCACACCAACACAACAGCUUAUACUCCAGCGCAGGGAGCAAGGCCUUUGCAGCAGUAUAAUUCCUUCCCUGCGAGGGGAACCACUGGGUCAGAUAACCACGGAGGUUUCCCAACAAAUUCUGGUCCUAGGAGCCCUGCGACCUCUGGAGGACAGAAGCCUUUUAUUCCCUCCUACCGAUUAUUUGAAGAUCUGAAUGUUUUUGGCAAUGCUGACGGAAAGCUCAAGGUGGCAAACGGCAACUCAUCAUCUGGCUUCCCUGGAACUCCAGGCCAAGGUAUGGUUGGCGGGAGGAAGUGAAAUGUUGGCGUACCAAAUCCCCCUAGUGAAUAUAUCAGUAUUGCGCCUUCUUCAUCUUCUAUUUCAGAUGCACUGGAUGUUAUUUAGGUUGGCAGGGUCAUUACCUUGCAAUUGUUGGUAUAAGUAGAUUCAUUGCUUCUAAGACUGUCAUUUCUCAAAUGAUUUCUAUUACUAGUAGUGUGGUGACAUCUGAGGACUUUGCUUGCACAAAAUGUAAUAGUGACGGUAGUUAUCCUCUAUUCUCACCUCUUAUGAUUUCUCCCUCUGAAAAUUCCGAUUUCAUUUGUGUUUGUGUUUUGGAGGAUACAUGGAACCGUUUUC